AUGAGUUUUGCCAACACCUCCCGUUCUUUACUCUCAUCAUGUUUUGCUUCAUCGCUACUUUUCAAAACGAGCCAUCAUCAAGUAUUUCGAAAAGGAUUCUUGCUGGCAGCUUCAUCUAAUAUCACACAACAAUUCAAAUUAAUCCAACAGUCGACUUUCCAUCACUCCGGUGCCAUCAAACAUUUCUCUACCUAUGGCAACAAGCUUCAAAUCGAUCCUAUCACUGCCAUCGCUAAAGAGGCUGAGAAGUAUGCUCCUAAAAACGUUUUGCAGAUCGAAGAUAGAAUUUACCAAAUUGAAACAGAACUAAAUUAUAAUCAAAAUAACAUUUCGGAGCAAGCUUUGUGCGAUAUUUAUGAUGAGUUGAGCGAUCUCUAUUGCAAAAUAUUCAUGUAUGAAAAGGCCGAACGUGCUUUAGCACAAUAUAUUCCUCUGGCAACUAAAAUAUUUGGAGAGAAUAGUGUUAAAACAGGAGAAGCCUAUCACAAGCUAAGCAUGAUUAAUGUUGCUGUUGAUAAACUGAAAUUGGCAUACCAACAUCAAUCUAAAUGCAUUGAAAUUAAGACUAAAGCGUUCUUGGAAGCACAAAAAUCAUUAUCCAAGCAAGAAAUUACCGAAUAUAGCUUUGAUCUUUCAUCAGAAUGGAAUUACUUGGGUGAAAUCGCUCUCAAGCAAAGUAAUUUGGCAGAUGCUAAAAAAACAUUCCAAAAGGCAAUCAAGUUGUUUGAACAAACAAUUAACCCAAUUUAUAAGAAGGACGAAAGAGAAAUUAGAAAUGAAUAUGAACAGGCAAAGAACCUCUCAAAGCCUUUUAUGGAGCUGAAAGAUGUACAAAAGAAAGAGUCCAAAGAAUAUGCUGAAUACAAGUCCAAGUUACCAAAGAGCAAUAUUCAUGAAUUGGAAUUCGUACCCAUUAACUUGUUGAAAGCUCUAGAUAAUCUUGGAACUGUUUACUACCGCAUGAAAGAGUAUGAGGAUGCUUAUUUCACCUUUAAUAAGCUUGUCCAAUUCCAAGAUUAUUUUGUAAAACUUGAGAAUGACUCAUCUUCUGUUACAAUUUCUGAAGACGCAUUUGAAAUUAUUGGAAAUGUUUAUUUGAAUAUGGCUCACUGUGCGAUGUAUUUGGAAAUGCCAGAUAAGGCUGAAGAGCUUUACCAAUACGCUAUUGAGUUCAUUCAAAAAGUGUUAGGUGAAAAACAUCCCAAGAUUGGAAGUUUAUACUAUUCUUUGGGCGUUUUGCACGCUUCACGAGGAGAUUUAAAGCACUGUGAAGACUUCACACGGAAAGCUUUAGAAAUCUUUUCUGAGACCGAUGCAAAUGUGGAUUUAUCACAUGCUGAACAAAUUCGAAAGCUUGUAGAAACUGGAAAGUGUUACCUCACUCUUGGAACAAUAUACUUGAAUCGAAAAGACUUUUUUAAUGCUGAAAACUUUUUCAAGACGUCUUUAGAUAUUCACAACACGAUGAAAUCAGCUGGUUCACAAGACACCAACACUACUUUUGACAUUGCAUUUAUUUUGAACAGCUUGGGUAAGAUCUCUGAAGAAAAGAAUUUACCAGAAGAAGCUCUUGCUUACUAUCAAAAGGCAUAUAUCAUUGCCAAAUCGAUUCAAGAUGGAAAUAACCACGUUGUUGCAACAGCUCUCAUGAAUAUUGGCAAAUUCUUCUUCCAUCAAGGAAACUAUGAGGAGGCUGAAAAGCAUUUCCUUGCUUCCUAUAAGGCAUAUGAUGCAUCUUUUCCCACUCAAUAUCACCCUGAUGUUGGAGAUUUAUGUCUAGAGCUUGGUAAGACAUACAUCAAAUUAAAUAUGAACGAAAAAGCAAAGAGAAAGUUCGAGGAGGCAAGAGAUGUUUAUCUUGGUUAUGAAAAUCCAUUGAGCCAAAAAUUAGACACCAUUUUCAAUGAAAUUAAGAACGCCUCGCAAUUGGUGGAGCAAGAUCUUGAAAAACGAAAACACCAAGAUUUGUCAGGAAAAGACAAGGAGAAGCUCGAUCAGGAUAUUGAUUUUGAACGUCAUAGAGAUCAAGACAAUCAAGUUAGAGAGAAAUUGGUUCAUUUAAAGCGUAAACAAAUGGAGAUGGAAGCAAAUAAGCAAUAA